GGGUCUCAAAGGGGGUCUCUCUCAAAGAAAGUAUUGAAUAGGAAAUAGAUUUUUUAUUAGCAGAGCCUUUAAUAUCUCAUAGACAUAGAGAGGAUAUCUGUUGGUAUACAAGGUGGUUUGGGAUUAUAUGACCUUUAGUGCAAAGUUGUUAUUUAGAGUUUUAGUGUGCUUGGAGUGAACCCUUAUGUGUGACGGAUGGUCCUUUCUUGCCAAUGCCACACCUCACUGGGAUUCAUUAUAAAUAUAAUUUGAGUUGUAAGUAGGGGAAGGUUACGUAGGCAAGAGUUUGUGACAAACACGAGGGACUUGGGGACUAGACCAUCUACACCGAGCAGGACACACAACACACAAACCUUAAGAUGGGAGACACCGUCCAGUUAAAAGAUGAAGGAAACAAACACUUUCAAGCAGGAGAGAUCGACAAGGCCAUUGAAUGCUACACUAAAGCCGUCAAGGGGUGCAAAGACCAAAAAGUGCUUGCUGUCAUAUACAGGAACAGAUCUGCAUGCUACUUAAAACAGGAAAACUAUACAAAUGCAGCAUCUGAUGCAUCUAAAGCAAUUGAUGUUGAUGCAGCAGAUAUUAAAGCUUUGUACCGGCGUUGCCAAGCUCUGGAGAAGCUUGGUAAACUUGACAUGGCUUUUAAGGACGUGCAGAGAUGCGCCACCCUCGAACCAAAGAACAAGACCUUUCUGGAGACUCUACGCAGGCUUGGAGCUGAUAUCCAGGCCAAGCUUAAGACAACAUUUUCCACCGAUUCAAGGGUUCAGAACAUGUUUGACAUUCUCUUCGAUGAAGAAAUGGACAAGGAUAAGAAGGAAAAAGCUGCAAACAACCUGAUUGUGCUGUCCAGAGAGGAUGCAGGAGCAGAACGAAUCUUCCAGAAUAACGGAGUGUCUCUGCUGCUCACCAUGAUAGAGACAGGAAAAUCAGAGAUGGUCCUGGCUGCUGUUCGCACACUGUCAGGCAUGUGCACAGGACACAAAGCUCGGGCCAUGGCCAUUGUUAACAUGGUGGGUGUUGAUAAAAUGUGCAGCAUCAUGGCUGUUGACAAUGAGGAGAUUGCACUUGCAACCUGCAACCUAUUCCAGUGCAUCAAUGACUCCCUCACUGGUGGAGAUAAAAGGGAUUAUGGAAAAGAAGAGGCCUUGGUUUUGGAUGCAUCGAAAGACCUGAAAACUAUUCUCCUAUCUCUGCUGGAGAUGGUUGCCAGUAAGAAGGUGUCUGGCCAUGGCAGAGACCAGGCGCUGAACCUCCUGAGCAAAAAUGUACCUCGCAAAAACAAAAAAGAGGCAGACCACUCCAGGACCCUAUUCACUAUUGACAACGGUCUGAAGAAGAUCCUCAAGGUGUGUGGUCAGAUUCCUGAACUGCCAGACCAGCUGCCCUUAACAGACAACACACAGCUGAUUGCUAGUGUGCUCCUCACCAAGAUCUAUGACGACCUCAAAUGUGACCCAGAGAGAAACAACUUCAGGGACAUCUGCGAUGGAUAUAUAAAAGCCAAGAUUGACCCCAAUAAUAUGGACAGCACCAUUCAUGCAAUCAAUACCAUCUCGGGUCUGCUUCAGGGUCCCUUUGACGUGGGCAAUGCUCUGGUUGGACAUCAGGGCAUAAUGGAGAUGAUGGUGGCGUUAUGUGCCUCUGAACGGGAGGUGGACCAGAUGGUUGCUGUGGAGGCUCUGAUCCACUCCUCCACCAAGAUGAGCCGUGCCAGCUUCAUCAUCACCAAUGGUGUGUCACUGCUGAAGGACAUCUACAAAAAGACCAAGAAUGAGAAGAUUAAGAUACGUGCGCUGGUGGGUCUCUGUAAAUUGGGUUCAGCUGGAGGUGAUGAUUACAGUUUAAGGCAGUUUGCUGAAGGCUCCACAGAGAAACUCGCCAAGCAGUGCAGAAAGUGGCUUUGUAAUCCCCAGAUUGAUAACAAAACAAGGAAUUGGGCGAUAGAGGGUCUUGCUUAUUUGACUAAUGAUGCGGAUGUGAAAGAUGACUUCGUUGAGGAUGAGCCUGCCCUGAAAGCUAUGUUUGAACUGGCCAAGUCUAAGGACAAGACAAUCUUAUAUGCAGUAGCGUGCACCCUGGUUAACUGCACCAACAGCUAUGACAAGAAGGAAAUCAUCCCUGAGCUGGUUCAACUGGCCAAGUUCUCAAAGCAACAUGUGCCUGAACAACACCCCAAGGACAAGAAGGAUUUUAUUGAUAGGAGAGUGAAAAGGCUGCUGAAGGCUGGAGUCAUCUCAGCUCUUGCUGUCAUGGUCAAAGCAGACAACUCCAUCCUGACUGAUCAGACCAAGGAGAUGCUGGCAAGGGUUUUCUUGGCAUUGUCAGAGGAUCCUAAGGACCGUGGAAUAAUUGUCGCCCAAGGUGGGGGGAAGGCUUUAAUACCACUUGCUCUGGAAGGCACAGAAGUGGGGAAGGUGAAGGCCUGCCAUGCCCUUGCCAAGAUUGCAUCCAUUUCCAACCCUGAAAUUGCGUUCCCCGGUGAGAGGGUGUAUGAGGUGGUGCGACCUUUAGUUAACCUCCUUCACACAGACAGAGAUGGAACACAGAACUACGAAGCUCUCAGAGGCCUUACCAACUUGGCUGGUUUUAGUGAAAAACUUCGGGUAAAGAUUGUGAAAGAGAACGCCCUGUCAGAUCUUGAGACCUACAUGUUUGAGGAGAACGAACAGAUCAGACAGGCUGCCACUGAGUGCAUGUGCAACCUUGUUACAUGUAAAAAAGUCCAAGAGCGUUACCUGGAGGAUGGCAAUGAUAGGUUGAAGCUGCUGGUGCUGCUUUGUGGCGAGGAUGACGAGAAACUCCAGGUAGCUGCAGCUGGAGCUCUGGCCAUGCUCACUGCUUCUGAGAAGAAGCUCUGCACCAAACUGACCGUGGUGACAACCCAGUGGAUGGAGAUCCUGCAGAGGUUGUGUCUGCACAGCAACUCUUGGAUAGCACACCGUGGCAUGGUGGUUGUCUUUAACAUGCUCAACUCAGAUGACAGUGAGCUGUCGAAGAAGCUGAUCGAGAGUGAGCUGCUGGAAAUCCUCUCAGUGAUCGGCAAAGCUGAGGACAACCCGAAGAGGCAGGAGACCAUCGAUGUUGCACGCGCGUGCCUUGUCAAAGCUAUGGAUCUUGGUCUCAUCAAACCUUUCAGCACCCCUUCUUAGAGUGCUGCUACAAGGAAACACCAAUGGACAAUUUUCUUUAUUUCCUCUGUUACAUAUAGUACAGACUUUUUUAUCUAAUGCUUUUCAACUUCAGAGAUAUUAAAGGAUUCAUCCAACCAUAUAACAUAAA